AUUAUAACUUUGUUCUAUGUUGGCAGGUUCUGGUCUGAGGCUAAAAAUCAAAUGUUCACGAUCAUCAGAUACAGUUUGUGAAGCUCUGGAAGGAUAUUUCUGUAUUGAUGAUAUUGAAGGCAGCUGUGAUGCUGCAGAAAAGCACAGCAGCUGUAAACCUGGACAGUAUAUUAGCAAGAAAGGAACGUCGCUGUCAGACACUGAAUGCUCUGAAUGCAGCAGAGGAACAUUUUCUAAUGGAUCAUUAACACUCUGUCAGCCACACACACAAUGCUCUGAAAGCCAAACUAAGGUCCAAGAAGGAAGCUCAACGAGUGACGUUGUCUGCAGUAAUGGAUCAAUACGACACAGAUAUACUUUGGCUGCCCCUUUUCUUGGCCUAGGAGUUAUAAUUGGUUUACUGCUAAUCAGAGGAUAUAAAAUACACAGAAGAUUUUCAAUAAGAAAAGAUGAAUCAUAUGAACUCCAGGAGAGUCUCCUGAGGACUGAGCUCAACUGAGAACCAGGGACCAGACUAACCCAACAGUGUUCAGACCAAACCAGCCCGGUACCACCAUGGUCAUUGAAGCAGGUUCUGGUCCCUCUCACAGUGCGGACCAAGAUCUCCCGGAAAAUAAAAUUUUCAGCAGAAGGAAACAUGAAGUGAUCUAAAAUUUCCCGGUAAAAGUCUGGUUUACUGUGGACUACAGAAAAGCAAAUGGAGCAAAACCAGCAAAUGAAGUGAAACCUGAAACAUUCCUGAAUAUGGAAACUUCACCCUGGAUUCUGAUCCUCUCAGCUAUUUAAGCAAAAUAU